AUGGGAAACAUGCGAGGAAACAAAUACUCCAGAAAUCAUAUUCAUUUGAAUCCACUGUUCAGCGGCUUCUGGGACUUCACAUGGGACAAAAUGGCUCAAUACGAUCUGCCGGCGAUGAUCAAUCAAGCUCUGGUAGUCUCCGGUCAGCCGCACGUCUACUAUGUCGGGUAUUCACAGGGGACCCUCACCAUGUUCGCCAAGCUCUCCGCUGAUCCUUCAUUCUCCAAAAAGAUUAAAAUGUUCUUCGCGUUGGCUCCGAUUGGAUCAGUUGCCCAUAUUGAAGGCCUCCUAAGAACGCUCGUUACCGAUUUCUCCACAGAGCUUGCUAUUUGGACCAAAUUAUUUGGAUCGGGUGAAUUUCUUCCAAACAACUUCCUAAUAAAAUCAUUUACAUCAAUGGCAUGCGGGUACGGAAUUCAACGCGAAAUCUGCGAGCAUGUACUGUUUGCAAUUACGGGUCCUGACACGAAAGGCAUGAAUACGGUGAGUCGUCCGUGA